AUGGUACAGGAAAAUUCCACCAGUCUAGGCUUUUACAGGAAGGUUCAACCUGUACAAGACUCCAUGCCAGCAAUGAACAACACCGACGAUGUGCUGACACACUUAAUCCAAUGUCGUUAUUAUUUCCUAGUGAUUGUUCUAGCAAUUACAAUUCUACUGGUUUAUACCCAACCACCAAAGCAACCUAUCAGUCUUCUGCUGGUUGGUAAAACAGGCAGUGGUAAGAGUACAACAGGAAAUACUAUUCUAAGAAAAAAAGUUUUCAAAACUGGAGCAAGUUUCACAUCUGUGACAAAAACUAGUGAAAGUAGUUUCUCAGCGUACCAAGGCACGAAAAUAACAGUUGUGGAUACUCCAGGAUUCAUGGAUACUGAAAUGGAUAAUCAAACUUUGGCUGAUAUUCUUCUUCAAGCCAUCAAUGAAAGCACCACAGGAUUCGAUGCGUUUCUAUUCGUUGUUUCAUACGGUGUCAGAUUUACUAAGGAGGACACAAAAGUUAUAGAAAACUUUAAGGAAACUUUUGGAGAGGAUGUUAUUAAAAAAAUGUCUAUUAUUGUUGUAACAAGGGGAGACGAAUACAGUCCAGAAGAAACUGAAACAAAAAAAUUUCAAGACUGGUGUGACAAACAAAAAGGUGGAUUCAAAGAUCUGAUUGAUGAAAGUGGUGGGAGAGUUCUUUUAAUCAACAAUAAACUGAUGGAUAUAGAUCAGAAUGAGCAAAUAGAGAAACUAAUUGAAAUGGUAAAACAAAUUACGGGACAUUUGAGCCAAAAUGACUUUGAAAAAGCUAAAGAUAGACUUGAAAUCAGAAGACAAUUAUAG